AUGUCUACCUCCAACAAGUUCCAUGUACGCAAUGCAACCCUCGCCGGCGACGAUGCCCAGUUCAUCAUCGCAGCAUUUGAUUCGACCCUACCAUACCUGGCCUCCAUUGGCGCUGGUGGAAUGUGGGGCGAACAGCCCUUCUCCCAAAAAGAUGGCUUUGAAGAGGACACAGUCGAUUCUGUCCGAAAGUCCGAGCAAGACGAAAAUCCUCCAAAAGUCAUGAUUGUUGAGAUUGAAAUUUUGAACCGCGUUGAGGGACAGGAACGUCCACAGGAUGCAAAUAUGCCUACGCGAGUGGGAGCGGCUGUAGUGCUUGAUUCACUACCGAGCUAUCUAACGGCACGAGAAGAGCUUAAGAAUGAGAUAAACAAGGAAAAGAAGUUCUUGUAUCUGGAGGUUAUUAUUUCAGAUUUCCGAACAGAUCCACUUCAUAGGGGUGCUGGGGCGGCCCUUAUUGAGGCUGUUAAGGACUAUGGACGGGUGAACAAAUACGAUACGCUUUAUGUGGAUUGCUGGGCUGGCAAUGGGGGUAGAUUGAAUAAGUGA